CUCACCUUUUGGGAUUACGACGCGGAACCGCACGUCGACGGCCAGCCGCCAGGGCCCCAACGAUGUCCACUGAAGUGCAGAGACCGGACGACAGCCCCAGCACCAGCGGGGGGAGCUCGGAUAUCGAACAAAGGGAGUCGGCACCUCCCGAACAUGAGCGAGAGCAAGCGCAGCCCAAAAAGAAGGAGACCAAGAUCUCGAGUAAAACCGCCGCUAAACUUUCAACUAGUGCCAAGAGGAUUCAGAAAGAGCUUGCAGAAAUAACACUAGACCCACCUCCAAACUGCAGCGCCGGCCCCAAAGGAGACAACAUCUACGAGUGGAGGUCGACCAUCCUCGGACCUCCGGGCUCCGUGUACGAGGGAGGCGUCUUCUUCCUGGACAUCGCCUUCACCCCCGACUACCCCUUCAAACCCCCCAAGGUGACCUUCCGUACGAGGAUCUAUCACUGCAACAUCAACAGUCAGGGGGUGAUCUGUCUGGACAUCCUGAAGGACAACUGGAGUCCUGCGCUCACCAUCUCCAAGGUGCUGCUGUCCAUCUGCUCCCUGCUCACAGACUGCAACCCAGCCGACCCUCUGGUGGGAAGCAUCGCCACACAGUACCUGACCAACAGAACAGAGCAUGACAGGAUAGCCAAACAAUGGACGAAGAGAUACGCCACAUAGACCACCAACCAUCGCCUCCUUUACCCCCCCCCCCCCUUCCCCUGUCACUGUACCUCUCUCUACCUCUCUCUCUCUCACCCAUGAGGCCUUCACACAGCAGGGGGCGUGAUGUACCAACGGCACAGAAAUGCGACACUCGCGUGCAAAGUACUUUGCAUAAAAACUUCUCAGUUGCAACACUUUUUCAGUAAAAGGUUCUCAUAGAUUCACGCAGACAGACGACCAACGGCCAGGACCCUAUUGAUCGUUGGUCCUAUUGAUCACUGAUCCGAUUGUCUGUCUGAGGUGAACUGUUGCGUAGCCUAAACUACUGCCAGCUGUCUUUUUCAGUUUCCUUUUUAGAGUGAAUUUGAAUUUCCCCUACAGUUUAAAUGCCUUUGGCUUUUAUUGUGAAAGGUAAGGAGUGGAUCUGGUCUGCCUUUUUGUCAAGGUUGAAAGGAGUCAUAAAGUUCUUGGAUCAGACUAUGGAGCCUCCGUGCUGCUGUUUCAUUAAUAACUAGACUCUUUAUUUGCGGUGCGAAAGCUCAGAAAAUCCACUUUGUUCCGGGGGUUUAAUAUUCGUGUUCUGUGUGAAGAUACUACAUAAAAUGUAUAUUUACAUGCGAAUUAAUCGCACAAAAAAAUACAACGCCCCCAGUGUGUGCAGGCCUUUAGUCUGUCAAAGCACACUCACUGAGUGCAACAGUAAUCCUGCCCUCCUAUCACCUUCCUCCUCCUCUUCCUCCUCCACCUCAACAUUUUAUCUACCUUUUCUGUGUUUAGAAAAGAAAAGAAGAAGAAAAUCAAUGGAGACAUGUCCUUUUGUUCCUUGUUGACUUUUUUUUUUUAUACAAAGAGUAGAUUGGGAUUUUUAUUGUCCAAUAUCUGAAUGUUGGAAGUAUUGUAUUGGAGAAAAAAAAGAAGAAAAAAAAACACAGAAUAUUAUAAAUUUCAUACGCAUUUGUCCUUCAGCUAGUAUGUAUUCUCAUUUUUUUUUAGUGGCACCUGGAACAAACAUGCAGAAUAUUAUGCUUUUACUUUGUUUUCCUUGUUUUUAUUUGUUUGUUUCUUUGUAUUUUGUCGUCUAUGUUAUCUGCAUGGAACGGGAAGGUUUGCGUCAAUGGAUCCUUCAUGCUUUUUAAACUUCCUCUGAUUUUGUUUGUACUGUAUGUAUUUUUUCAAAGGCUUUUGAGGCAGACCACAAAAGUAUAGGUCUGCCUGUGAAAGAGGCAGGACUUGUAUAUUUACUGGCUACCCGCCACCUCUGCAAUUGCAGAGUGGUUUGUUGUGCACUUGUAUUACUGAAGCACCCAAUAAAACACUGUGGUUGGCUUGUGAG